AUCGAGACCAACAUGGGUGCCGAUAGCAAUCUCCGCGUCCUGGACGCCGGCGUGGUCAGGCCGUCCGACAUCAACCUCCCGGCGCACUCUCUCCCGUUCACCUUCUUCGACGUAAGAUGGCUCCGCCGGCCGCCCGUCCAGCGACUCUUCCUCUACCGUCUCGAACACCACCACCACCACACCGUCCAGCAGCUCAUCUUGGGCCUCAAGGCCUCCCUCUCCAAGGCCCUCACUCUCUUCUACCCGCUCGCUGGCCACGUCCGCUUUGCCCCCAACACCAACCGCUACGAGCUCUUCUACCAGCCCGGCGACGGCGUCGCCUUCACCGUCGCGGAGUGCGACACCGACGUCAACGACCUCGCCCGUUCCUCCGACGGCGAGCCCGUGCAGGUCGCCAGCCUCGCGCCUCUCGUGCCAACACUUCCAAACGGCCGCGCCGUGCUCGCCCUGCAGGCCACCGAGUUGCUUGGGGGGCGCGGCCUCGCGCUCGGCGUAACUGUGCACCACUCCGCUGGUGACGGCGCCAGCUCCACCCACUUCCUGCACACUUGGGCCGCCGUCUGCAACGGCGCGGUUGAAAUGCCUCCGCCACCCGUCAUCGACCGCACGCUCAUCGCUGAUCCUAUGGGCCUCUACGACAUCUAUUGCAAAGAAAUGCCCACUGACGACGGCGAGGUCGAGUUCGUGACCAGCAGCGUGUCCUCUCUCCCCGACGACCAGCUCGUCGCCACGUUCACACUGCCUCAGGAGCUCCUAAGUGGCAUCAAGGACACGCUUGCCCGAGAAGCGGCCAGGCUGCACGCUGCGCCCCCGCACAGAUGCUCGUCGAUGCUCGCGGCCUACAGCUUCAUCUGGUCAUGCUACUGCCGAGCCAAACAGGAACAGAACCAAACAAAAACUACUUAUUUCCUCUUCGCUGUGGAUCACCGGGCACGGCUGAAGCCGCCCGUCCCUGCCACAUACUUUGGAAACUGCAUCAACCCGGCCAUCGCCGCCGCGCGCCACGACGAACUCGCAGCAGCCGGAACGGGAGGCCUCUUCACGGCAUUCAUGGCGAUCGCGAGCGCGCUGGAGGAAGAGGUGGGGGAGCGUUCGCAGGAGAGGUGGGAUGGAUGCAUCGAGAGGGCGAGGGGGGCCAUGAAGGCCGGCGCGAUGUUCGUGGUGGGGUCGCCGAGGUUCCGCGUGUAUGACAUCAACUUCGGGUUCGGGAGGCCAGGGAAGGUUGUGGCAGUGUCCGCGGCGAAGACCGGCACGAUGCCGAUGGCAGAUGCGCCCAACGGCGUUGCCGGUGUCGAGGUAGGGGUCUCGUUUCCGGCGGGAGGAAUGGAGCAUUUCCGGCACUGCUUUGACGAUGCCAUGCAUGCCAUCGGCAUGCAAGAGCAAGUCUAUCUUUAACGGGAAAAGUCCUUUAGAUGACAUGCAUGUUCUUGAUUGGUGUAGCAGCUUUAUCCAAGACAUCUACCAGCGCAAGUAUCAUACUAAGAGUAUCAUGCACGGGCAUUUAAAGAAAAAAUAAUGUGGUACUGCAAUUAACGAUGUAAGAGAAGAUUGUAAUAUCAUAUUAUGACACAAUAUCAUUGUAAUAUCAUAUUAUGAUACAAUAUCAUCGGUCAUCUUG